GUGGAUUCUUGCAGUUGUAAUUUGUCAAAUUUGUGAUGUCAAAAAACUAAAAAUAGUAAAAAUCAGAUGUGAGGUUCUUUAACAAACUAAAAUGUAGAUUCGGACUUAAGUUCUUAAUGAAAUAACGUGUGAGCACUCGUGAUUUCUUACUUUGAUGUACAAUAAAUAUAUCUUCUUGAUUGCCAAUGCAAUUUUUUUCCAAAUAUAAUAGUUUCAGUUUCCCACUGAAAUGACGUAAGAUAAACAUUAAUUUUGUUAUGGAAUUUCCUAUGCAAGAUUUUGAUUGUGAUCAAGAAACAACAUUUUUAUUAGCAAAUUCUUCAAGUAAUGGAAACGAUAUGGAUGUAAUACAGACUUCCGUGAGAAAUCGAAACCCCAAACGUCGUCGCAGUAUAGGCAGUAUUUUGUGUGGAUGUUGGUGCACUUUUUUUCGAAGAUGCUGUGGUCCAAGGGAAUUAAGAUCCAGAAAUAUUCUUUUGGGAAAAUCGACACCCGGACAAUUCCCUGCCAAUGCGAUAAGGAAUCAAAAAUAUAAUAUUAUCACAUUUUUACCCCUUGUUCUUUACCAGCAAUUCAAAUUUUUCCUCAAUAUGUAUUUUUUGAUCAUGGCUACAAGUCAAUUUGUGCCUGACAUUCGGAUAGGUUAUUUGUAUACAUAUUGGGGACCAUUGUGCUUCGUUCUUCUGGUUACUAUUUCAAGAGAAGCUAUUGAUGAUUGGAGAAGACAUAAACGUGAUCAAGAAGUCAAUAAUCAAAAAUGUAAAAGGUUACUUAACGACCUUAAUAAACCAUUUGAGACAGUAGCAGCACACAAAUUAAAGGUAGGAGAUCUUAUUAUCGUCGAUAAAGAUGAAAGGGUGCCAGCAGAUUUGGUGUUAUUGAGAACCUCUGAAAGUAGUGGUGCUGUAUUUGUAAGAACAGAUCAAUUAGACGGUGAAACAGAUUGGAAGUUAAGAUUAGCUGUUCCCGCAACUCAAAAGUUAGCAUCAGACUGUCAAUUAUUUGAAAUAAAUGCUAGUAUAUAUGCAGAGAAGCCUCAGAAAGAUAUACAUUCUUUUAUUGGAACAUUUAGUAGACUAGAUUCUUUGAAUAGUGAUGAAAGUUUGAAUUUAGAAAAUACAUUAUGGACAAAUUGUGUUAUAGCAUCUGGGCAAGCUACAGGAGUUGUUAUUUAUACAGGUCCUGAAACAAGAUCAGUUAUGAAUAACUCUGCUCCUAGAUCCAAAGUAGGUCUUUUGGACAUUGAAGUAAAUACUAUAACAAAGCUAUUAUUUGCUGCGGUAAUAGGUCUUACUCUUAUUAUGAUGGCAUUAAAAGGAUUCAAUGGUCCUUGGUAUAGAUAUAUGUUCAGAUUUAUUCUCUUAUUCUCCUAUAUUAUACCAAUUAGCUUACGGGUUAACUUAGACAUGGGAAAAUCUUUUUACUCAUGGGCUAUUGGAAAAGAUCCUGCAAUGAAAGGUACAGCAGUCCGGUGUACUACUAUACCCGAAGAAUUAGGUAGAAUAUCAUAUCUUCUUUCUGAUAAAACUGGUACUCUAACUCAAAAUUCAAUGGUACUGAAAAGGUUGCACAUGGGUACUGUUAGUUUUGCUACUGACAGUUUUGAUGAGGUAAGCACUUGUUUGCGGAAUUCAUAUAAUAUAGAAAAUUUGACAGUGGGUUCUGAAAAAUUCAGGAGAUCUGAAAACAUAAGAAUUAAAGAGGCAGUACAGGCAUUAGCAUUGUGUCAUAACGUUACCCCCAUGUGUGAUACAACUGAAAAGAAAGAUACAGAUUCAGGUUCGUUUGGUUCUGAAACUGAGGCUGAUCAUCAUUUGCAAAUAUCUGAUCAAGAAGUAACUUACCAAGCAUCAAGUCCAGAUGAAGUAGCUCUAGUACAGUGGACACACCAAGUCGGAUUAACUUUGAGUCAUAGAGAUCUCACGUCUAUGCAGCUUAGAAGACCUGAUGGUAGAUUGAUGAAUUAUAGUAUUUUACAAGUAUUUCCCUUCAAGAGCGAAACUAAAAGGAUGGGAAUUAUAGUUAAGGAUCUAUAUACAGGAGAAAUAAUUUUUUAUGUAAAAGGUGCUGAUGUUGUAAUGUCAGCUAUUGUACAAUAUACGGAUUGGUUAGACGAAGAAGUUGGUAAUAUGGCUAGGGAUGGUUUAAGGACGUUAGUUGUUGCUAAAAAGGAUCUAACUGAAGAGCAGUACCUUGAUUUUGAGGCUCGGUAUGAUGCAGCUAGAUUAUCCAAAACAGAUAGAGGUGCAAGAGUUGCUCAAGUAGUCGAAUCAUUAGAAAGAGAAAUGGAACUCUUAUGUGUUACUGGAGUAGAAGACAAAUUGCAAGAUAAUGUUAGAUCAACUUUAGAAUUACUGAGAAAUGCUGGUAUCAAAAUAUGGAUGCUUACUGGUGAUAAGUUAGAAACUGCUACAUGUAUUGCCAAGAGUUCUAGCUUGGUAUCUAAAACACAGGGUCUUCAUGUUUUCAAAAAAGUAGUAACUCGCACUGACGCUCAUCUGGAACUGAAUUCGUACAGAAGAAAACAAGAUUGCGCUUUAGUAAUAAGCGGUGAAAGCUUAGACGUCUGUUUAUUAUAUUACCAACCUGAAUUUAUGGAACUAGCAACUGCUGCUCCUGCAGUUGUUUGUUGUAGAUGUUCGCCCACUCAAAAAGCUCAAGUGGUACAACUUAUUCAAAAACACACUGGUAAACGUACAGCUGCAGUUGGAGAUGGUGGAAAUGAUGUUAGUAUGAUCCAACAAGCUGACGCAGGUAUCGGUAUAGAAGGUCGAGAAGGGAAACAAGCCAGUCUAGCUGGUGAUUUCAGCAUACCGCAGUUUUCACAUUUAGCUCGACUUUUAUUGGUACAUGGAAGGAAAUCUUAUAAACGAUCAGCAUCUUUGGCUCAAUUUGUUAUACACAGAGGAUUGAUUAUUUCGACCAUGCAAGCUGUGUUCAGUAGUGUGUUUUAUCUGAGCUCUGUGGCACUGUACCAAGGUUUCCUCAUGGUUGGUUACGCUACUGUUUAUACUAUGUUUCCGGUAUUCAGUUUGGUGCUUGAUCAAGAUGUAAGUCCUGAAAUUGCUCUAACUUAUCCAGAACUGUACAAAGAUCUAGCCAAAGGAAGGAGUCUAUCUUUUAAAACAUUCUUUAUGUGGGUUCUAAUAAGUAUUUACCAAGGGGGUGUUAUAAUGUAUGGUGCUUUACUUUUAUUUGAAGAUGAAUUUAUCCACAUUGUAGCGAUUAGUUUUACUUCACUGAUCCUCACCGAAUUAAUAAUGGUCGCCUUAAAUAUCCGUACAUGGCAUUAUCUAAUGGUAUUAGCUGAAUUUUUCUCGUUAGGACUAUACGCAUUAUCUUUGAUAGUCCUACAUGAUUAUUUUGAUGCGGAAUUUAUAAGAACAGUGGAUUUCUUCUGGAGAGUGGUGUUGAUAACGUUGAUAUCCUGCCUACCGUUGUACAUCCUCAAAUUCUUAAGGAAGAAAUUUUCUCCUCCAAGUUACAGUAAACUUUCGUAAAUUUCUGAUAAGAGAAAAAAAGGAAUGUGAUAAUAAAAGCACCAUUUGCAAUAGUUUUCCACGAAUAAAACAAAAUAUGUUUAGCAUUGUCACAUGAAAUGAUACAAAAAAAAAAUUGUGAUAACUAGUGACAGAACUAACACUUCCACUGAAUACUUAUGCGUUCGAUGUCUCAAAAUGGACAGUUUUGAAAGAAAUGAGCCAAAGAACAAUAGGUUACAAGAAGUUGAAUUAUGAUAUAACCAAACUUUCUUAUAUAGUGACCACAAACUGCUUCCAGUUAAUAUAUUUUAAAAUAAUGUUUAUUAGUUAAUAUUAAUAACAAUUUGUUAUUUGUGUAAUAAAACAUGAAAUAAAUAUUAAUCUAUUUUCUUGAAUGAAUAGUACAUGGUAACAAUUCUCUCUUUGUACACUUUAUCAGUAUAUUGUGAAUAUUUUCUUUCGGAAUAAAUUUGUGUUUCUUCUCUGACUCAGUUUAAAAUGUUUCUCUCGGUGUUUAGGGGGUUAGUUAACUAAGGGCUUAAUAUGAAGCAAUAUGCAGCUGAUCGAUUCGCAAUUUUAUCAGUUUUGGAAAUCGUAAGAAAAACUCUAGUUACUGUUGGUUUAGCAAUCAACAAAAUAUCAGAUUUAUUUCCGUCUACUGUGAUCAUUUUGAAUUGUUGUUCUCAUUUUCUAUUACUGGCAAUUAUUCGUUUUGGAGGGCAGCCACUCAUAAAAAUAUCAAGGUCACUUCAAAUUAAGGCUAUAACAAUCUUAACACUAAAACUAACCCUAUUAUGUAUAGUUAUAACUUUCCAAAUAAGUGAAUGUAACAAUAAUUACCGAUGAACAAGAAAGAUUUACCAAAGAAGAAAAAUUUGUUUUACACAAUCAGGUGAUCUUAACCAAGUUGGAAUUUCUAUAACCGUUGAUGAUAUUUAUACGGAACCUACUGUUUACAUCAACAAUCACAAUUACACUGUUUGACGCGCGUUUUAGUAACCAAGUUAUCGUCUUCAAAGACUGAAGAUAAACUGUUUACCUUCUACUCUGAAGACAUUAACUUGGUUAGACAGUGUGGUGUAAAUAGUGGGUACAGUAUACAGCUGAUCUUAGUUACAGUUAGUUGGUGGUGAAGUCAGAAAUAACUAGAUUCAUCCCUGCAAUUUGCAGGCAAUAGAACGUACACAAAGUUGCAGGAAUCGGUUGGCUGCAUAAUUGUAAUCGAGUAUUUCAUUGCACAUUGUUAUGUUACUGUAGUUGCAGUUCCUAAAAAGGCUUUUUAGUUUGAAAAAUUAUAUAUUUUUGUAGUUGAUUUCACAUGAGAAUAUUUAUUUUUUUUGCCUUAUCUUUAUAUAUGUUAUUUUCUAUAAAUAUUGAAACUUUUAUAGCACAAUUUAAUAUUAUUUUUACAUUCAAGCAUUCCGAUACAGCUCAAUUAUUCCUACAAUUAUGCAUUAACGGUGUACUUGUAAUGAUAAAAAAUGUAUUUUUGACAAUAAUCUAUCAAGCACCUUUUUAAUUUUAAAAUAUUUUUUUGAACUAAUAUAUUGUGAAAGUUUACUAAUUUUGAGACAUCUGAGGAUAUGAAAGAUUAACAAAUUAAUUUUUGGUAUUGUCCAAUCAACCAUGAUUAUUAUAAACGAUUCUUUUUUUAUUAUUAGUUUAGUUGUUUUGGAAAUAAGUGCAGAAGAUUGGCAUUUUCAACAAUUUUAUUAUUUGUUGUAAACUUACAAGUUUAUACAAUUACAUUUUUUUGUAUAUUAAGAAUAAAACUGCUUUUUUAGUAUAACAUGAAAAAAUAAGUUUCUUCUCUAGUAAACAACUAAUAACGAUUUUAAGCCAAAAUUCGUUUUAUUUAUUAAAAUAAUUUCUUCACGAUCAAUCCAAGACGUUUCUAAUCAUUUUCAAUUACUCUUAUAACGAUUUUUCACUCUUAUUAAAAUGAUUUGUGACAUUUUUUCUAGCCUUAAAACACACACUUAAGGUCAGAUCUGGAGAAUAUGAUGAUUGCAGAAGCAAUUUGAACUCAUUAGUGUUAUCUUGGGGCAGUUUGUUUGCGAUUUUCCUCUUCAAUCGGUUUAUUAAUAUGUAAUAAUAGGCAUUGUUAAUGUUAUGUCCUUCCUUCAUAAGGAUUUUUUUUAUAUUUUCUGGUGUAACCAUCUCCUGAUUGUUGAGCAUCAUCGGUAGUUCUACAUGCACGUUUAAUCUCAUGACAUAUGCCAGUGACUGUUAAUUUUGCAGCAUUUAAUACUUUUCAGCCUGAACUGUAUUUCAGUUAUAAAAUAAUGCUAAACCAACACAAAUCUUUUUUUUACUUCUAACAAGUUUUAGGAUGGAAUGAACUCAAAAGUUUGACACUGUUUAUUGAUAAAUGUAUAAUCAAAUUUGACAAUUCAGGUAAACUCUGUCAUUUAUUUAAACUAUUUUUGUUUCGUAUGUUUAUUUCUGGAACCCAACAAAUUUUGGUCACAUCAAGUCCUAUCUUCAUUUACAGUUGCUUAUACAGGAAUCAUCCAUUAAAUAAAUAUAACUGACUACCUUCCAGAUUUUUUAGUAGACUUGAAACCAGAGCUUAAAAACUACGUUUACCUGCUUACCAAGGUUUGGAAAACAUCACCAUGCUCAAGUCUAUCUUGAAAAAAUCGAAAUGAAUUCAGCAUCGAUUUAUAUCGAUAUUAAAGAAGAAAUCGAUGAAUUUAUUGUGUAAAUUUUGAAAACUAUGAUUUUAGAAAGACAAAUGUAAGUCAACAAAUACAAGAAAUUUCAAUAUAUUUAUAAUGAGGGAUCAAGAAUCUUUUUUUGGCAAUUGUUGUAAAUGAAAAUCUACUUCUAACUUUAAUCCCCACACUUUUAUUAUUUGUUAGUCCAAGAAAAUUCUUAGAAAUGAACGUUUUUAUUUAUUUAUUUCAAAGUACAUUUGUAUGUAGUUGUGUUACAUUAGCUAGAAUAUUCUAUUAACUGUUUUAUUGAUGAUCAUACAGUUUAUUAUUUAUCGAAAACAUUGUAUUUAUAACAAUAUAUGCUGAUUUUAAAUUUA